ACAACCAAGCAAUUAGUUCCCAAAUUGCUUUUGAAAUUUUGUCAUCAUCUUCAACGUUAUGAUCAUGAUGAUAACGCGUAAGAGAUCUCUGCAAGAACUCUACAUGUGUACUGUGUUCGUGUUUUUGGUGCACAUGAAACCAGCUAUUCAAUUGAACACAGGAAUUGGAAAUGGAAAUGGCGGUGGUGCUGGCAUUGGAUGCAUAGAAAGGGAGAGACAGGCACUCCUUAGGAUCAAAGGUGACCUGAUUGACGAUGGUGGUGUUCUCUCUUCUUGGGGGACAGGAGAAGAUAAAAGAGAUUGCUGCAAAUGGGAAAGAAUCUCUUGCAGCCACAAAACUGGUCACGUUACAGAGCUUGAUCUCAAUUUCAAUGACAUUAUUGACACGCCGCUGAGAGGUAAGAUAAGCCAUUCCUUGCUUGAACUCAGACAUCUUGCUUACUUGGAUUUAAGUUACAAUGAUUUUGGUGGCACUCACUUUCCACUCAACAAUUCUUCUCUCACCAAAUUGCGAUACCUGUCUCUCUCGACCGCUAAUCUUGCUCUCAACUUCUCUUCCCUUGGGAACUUCUCUGGGUUACAGUUUCUUGAUCUUAGUUAUAAUAACUUUCAUUAUGUAAGAAACACCGAGUGGCUUUUUGGUCUUUCAUCUUUAAGUUUCCUUGAUCUCAGUGGCAAUCUCCUUAAUAGGCCCAACGACUGGCUGCAAAUAGUUAACAAGCUGCCUAACCUAGAAAGCUUGAUAUUAUCGUCUUGCUUCUCUGAGGACUGGAUUGCUCUUACUCUUUCCCCUAUAAAUUCUUCUUCAUCUCUUGCAACCCUCGAUCUCUCUUAUAAUGACCUGGUGAUUCCCUCAAUACAAACAUGGUUGUCAAAUAUCAGUCAAAAUAUCAUAGAACUUGACCUCUCUUCUAACACUUUACCAGGAUCAAAUGAUCUUGCCCUUUUUGGGAACAUGAUUUCUCUUCAAUGGCUUUCUCUUGACAACAUUACACUUGUUGGUGGUAUACCAAAAUCCUUUGGAAAUAUGUCUCAGUUGCGUGGAUUAUACUUAAUGAGAAACAAUCUCAAGAUGCAGCUUCCUGACUUGAUCCAAAAUUUAUCUGGAUGCGCUGAGAAAUCAUUGGAGGCUUUAAACUUGCAUGGAAAUGAAAUUACAGGUACAUUACCUGAUCUUACAAGAUUUUCGUCUUUGGCGUUGCUAAAUCUUGGAACAAAUAGCUUGAAUGGUACCAUAGACAAAAGCAUUGGCCGCCUGACAAAGCUCAGAAUAUUAGAUCUCAGUGGGAAUUCACUAUAUGGGGUUAUCUCUGAAGACCAUUUCUUAAAUUUGUCCAAUUUGAAAGGCUUGUCACUAGCCGAGAACUCCUUCAUUUGGAAUGUAAGUCUUCAUUGGGUUCCUCCUUUUCAUCUAUAUAAAAUACAUCUUAGAUCCUGCAAGAUGGGACCUCAUUUUCCUAAGUGGCUUCAGAGUCAGAAAAAUUACACAGAGCUUGACAUCUCUAACGCUGGAAUUUCUGAUUCCAUACCCAAAUGGUUCUGGAACUUGUCCUUCGAUUCUUUCUAUUUAAAUAUUUCCCAAAACAAUUUGAGUGGGAUGGUGCCAGAUUUUCGGUUCCGUUUUUCAUAUUUCCCUGUAAUUGACAUGAGUUCUAAUCAUUUGUAUGGUCCAUUGCCUGUGCCUCUCUUUUCAUCAAAGGAAAUAUCAUUAGCAAAAUUUUUGGAACCAAAUUCUAUUUCCUCUAACGGUGAUGCAAUAUCUCAGCCGUUGAUCUACCUUGACCUCUCAAAUAACCUAUUUUCUGGAGUGCUUCCUAAUCGUUUGACGCAUUUGCAAGAUCUAAUUUUCUUGAAUCUGGCCAAUAACCAUUUGUCUGGCAAAAUUCCGGCUUCCAUUGGCUUGCUUUCGAAACUUGAAACACUAAAUUUAGGAAACAAUGCCUUCUUGGGAGAAAUACCUUUGUCCUUAAAGAACUGCACUAGGUUGAGAUUCCUUGACCUGAGUGGUAACAAAUUAUCCGGAAACAUACCCACUUGGAUUGGGGAAAGCCUAUCAUCUUUGCAAUUUCUUAGCUUGCAAUCCAAUCAGUUCCAUGGAAACAUACCCUUGCAACUGUGCCAAUUGACAAAUGUUCAGAUCUUGGACCUCUCUGCAAACAACAUCAAUGGAGCCAUACCACACUGCCUGAAAAAUUUAAGAGCCAUGUAUGAAGGGAUUUCCACUGCAACCAUGGGUGAUCACUAUGUUUUGUCACAGCCUGGUUUGAUGAUGUAUCCUCUGGAUUCUUAUAUUGACACGGCAUUGAUUCUUUGGAAGGGAAAAAAGUACACCUUAGAUAAAAAUCUUGGAAUGUUUAGGAUAAUUGAUAUUUCAAGAAAUAAAAUAGAAGGAGAGAUUCCAAGGGAAAUGUCAAGCCUCUCAAAACUUAAUCAACUGAACUUGUCGUAUAACAAGUUGAGUGGUGCAAUCCCUGAAGAGAUUGGUUGUCUGAAGCAACUGGAAUCGCUUGAUUUGUCUCAAAAUCAGCUAACAGGCAGACUUCCUCCUAGCAUGGCUGAUUUAAAGUUUUUGAGUACCUUGAACUUGUCCUAUAAUAAUUUGUCAGGGAGAAUUCCAUUAAGCACCCAACUUCAGAGCUUCAAAGCUUCUUCAUUUUCUAAUAAUCCAGCACUUUGUGGGUUACCUCUUCUACAGAAGUGCCCAGGAGACAAUAUUCAAGAAUCACAAAGCAAACAUGAUGGCCAAUAUAAUCACGAAGAUGGAGAUGAAUACAGGAAAUGGUUUUAUGUUGGCAUGGGGCUCGGAUUCUCUGUAGGCUUUUGGGUAGUUGCUGGCGCUCUACUGUUAAAGCGUUCUUGGAGACAUGCGUAUUUCCAGGCCUUGGACAAAUUGGGAGAUUGGGUUUAUGUGAGAAAAGCAGUGUACAUGAGAAGAUUGCAACAGAAAUUUCAUAGCUAGGAUUCAUCCCUUCUACUGAAAUAGUUGCCAAGUGGACAUCUUUAUUGUUCUGUCAGUUUAAAUUUUACUAUGAAUUAAUAUUCUGUAUGGUCUUAACUAUUGAUUUUUUUUUUUCCCAGUUUUUCCUUCUUUCCUCUGUUUUUUAAAGCUAUGAGCUAGUGCUGCUUGUGCUUCUGAAACAUUUGCACGUGUGCAUUGGCUGCUUCCUUUAGUAUAUCAUGCUUGUUGCUCCUCAUUUUGCUUAUGUUUUCUUCUCCAAUAUUGGAAAUUCAAAUUAUAAUGAGUGGCGGAGCUAAGACUAAGAGGUUUAUUUUUGAGGAGGCCAAUUAAAUUAUUAAUAAUUUUAAAAAAUUAUA